AGGCUAGAAUAUACCACUGUCGCAAAAAGAUCACCACGUUAAAAUCCAAGAAGAAAUUUAGAGCCAAGUCAUCUGCCUAUAAUUGUGGCCAGCUCUAUUCAGACCACACUCUACUCUGAUAUAUCAGCCGACAAGGCAACUGUCCCUCACCCUGCAGAAGAGUCCCUUCCCCCACCCUAGUCACAUGGCUGGCCACUAUUGAGCCCCAGAAGUCAAUCUCCAGUGCCCCAAAUACUGCUCAGCCUGGAAGCCACAGACAGCCCUUCCUGCCACCCAACAGGAACAUAACAAGUGGCUCUGGCCUUCCCAGGAUUUCCAGCACUAAGAACAGGAAGUCAUGAAGGUGAAAGAGGAGAAGGUUGGUGUAGCAAAGGUGGGCCCCACAAAGUACAGAAGAAGAUGCCUGGAUCAAGACUGCCCUUCCAUCCAUAUCGGGCUUCCAGUCCCCAGUUAUACUCAAAGAAAAAGUGACCAGAAGGGACAUCUCUCAGGCCUGCAAAAAGUCCACUGGGGCCUUCAGCCAGACAAGGCACCACAGGAACCGAGCAGCCCAGGGAGAGGAACAAGCAGCAGGGACAGGAGCAUGGAUGUUAUCAGCAGGACUCGUUCUCCAGCUGCUGAGCAGCUCCAGGACAUCCUGGGGGAGGAAGAUGAGGCUCCCAACCCCACCCUCUUCACAGAGAUGGAUACUCUGCAGCACGAUGGAGACCAGAUGGAAUGGAAGGAGUCAGCCAGGUGGUUAAAGUUUGAAGAAAAGGUAGAGGAAGGAGGUGAACGCUGGAGCAAGCCCCACGUGUCCACACUGUCCCUACACAGCCUCUUCGAGCUUCGCACCUGCCUGCAGACGGGGACGGUGCUGCUGGAUCUGGACCGUGGCUCCUUGCCACAGAUCAUAGAUGAUGUCAUCGAGAAACAGAUUGAAGAUGGGCUUCUGCGGCCAGAACUCCGGGAGAGGGUCAGCUAUGUCCUCCUGAGGAAGCAUCGUCACCAGACCAAGAAACCCAUCCACCGCUCCUUGGUAGACAUUGGAAAGUCGGUCUCUUCUACCACGAGCCGCAGCCCUGCCCGGAACCCUGCAGCUGGCCCAAGUCUGCGACGCUCCACUGAGGACCUGAGGAUUCGGCAAAGCACAAAUUACGGACAUCUGUGCCAUGCCCAGAGCAGAAGCAUGAACGACAUUUCUCACACCCCAAACACAGACCAGAGGAAAAACAAGUUCAUGAAGAAGAUCCCCAAAGACUCAGAAGCCUCCAAUGUGCUUGUGGGGGAGGUGGACUUUCUGGACCAGCCUUUCAUUGCCUUUGUGCGUCUCAUCCAGUCUGCCAUGCUGGGAGGAGUGACUGAGGUGCCCGUUCCCACCAGGUUUCUGUUCAUACUGUUGGGACCUUCUGGGAGAGCAAAAUCCUACAAUGAAAUCGGCCGUGCCAUUGCAACUCUCAUGGUGGACGAUCUCUUCAGCGAUGUGGCCUAUAAAGCCCGCAAUCGGAAAGAUCUGAUUGCAGGAAUCGAUGAGUUUCUGGACGAGGUCAUCGUCCUUCCUCCUGGAGAAUGGGACCCAAAUAUUCGCAUUGAGCCACCUAAGAAAGUGCCCUCUGCUGAUAAGAGGAAGUCUGUGUUCUCCCUGGCCGAGCUAGGCCAGAUGAACGGCAUUGUGGGAGGAGGCGGUGAGACUGCAGGCGGAGGAAGCAAUGGUGGUGGAGCAGGGGGCAGCGGAGCCAGUGGAGCUGGCGGUGGGGAUGAUGCUGAGAUGCCGGCUGCCCACGAAAUCAGCGAGGAGCUCAUCUGGACAGGAAGGUUCUUUGGUGGGCUGUGUCUGGACAUCAAGAGGAAGCUACCCUGGUUCCUGAGUGACUUCUAUGACGGCUUCCAUAUCCAGUCCAUCUCUGCCAUCCUGUUCAUCUACCUCGGCUGUAUCACCAACGCGAUCACCUUUGGUGGGCUACUGGGUGAUGCCACCGACAAUUAUCAGGGAGUGAUGGAGAGCUUCCUGGGCACUGCCAUGGCUGGCUCCUUGUUCUGCCUCUUCUCGGGACAGCCUCUCAUCAUCCUCAGCAGCACCGGGCCCAUCCUCAUCUUUGAGAAGCUCCUCUUCGACUUCAGCAAAGGCAAUGGCCUGGACUACAUGGAGUUCCGCCUCUGGAUUGGCCUACAUUCAGCCGUCCAGUGCCUUAUCCUGGUGGCCACAGAUGCCAGCUUUAUCAUCAAGUAUAUCACCCGCUUCACUGAGGAAGGCUUCUCCACCCUCAUCAGCUUUAUCUUCAUCUAUGAUGCCAUUAAGAAGAUGAUUGGUGCCUUCAGGUACUAUCCCAUCAACACGGACUUCAAGCCUGACUCCAUCACCACAUACAAAUGCGAGUGCGUCGCCCCUGAUCCAGUGAAUACAACUGUCUUCAAUGCCUCAGCCCCACUGGCACCAAACACCAACAACUCUCUGUACAUCCCCAUUAACCUCACAGCACUGGACUGGUCCCUGCUGAGCAAGAAGGAGUGCCUGAGCUACGGUGGGCGCCUACUUGGGAACUCCUGCCAGUUCAUCCCAGACCUGGCACUUAUGUCCUUCAUCCUUUUCUUUGGGACAUACUCCAUGACCUUGACCCUGAAGAAGUUCAAGUUCAGCCGCUAUUUCCCUACCAAGGUCCGGGCCUUGGUGGCUGACUUUUCCAUCAUUUUCUCCAUCCUCCUGUUCUGUGGAAUCGAUGCCUGUUUUGGCCUGGAAACACCCAAACUGCACGUGCCCAGUGUUAUCAAGCCCACGAGGCCUGACCGAGGUUGGUUCGUGGCCCCCUUUGGGAAGAACCCGUGGUGGGUGUACCUGGCAAGUAUCCUGCCUGCUCUGCUGGUGACCAUCCUGAUCUUCAUGGACCAGCAAAUUACAGCCGUCAUUGUGAACAGGAAGGAGAACAAACUGAAGAAGGCCGCUGGCUACCAUUUGGACCUGUUCUGGGUGGGCGUCCUCAUGGCCCUGUGCUCCUUCAUGGGGCUCCCCUGGUACGUGGCUGCCACAGUCAUCUCCAUUGCCCACAUUGACAGCCUCAAGAUGGAGACGGAGACCAGCGCCCCUGGGGAGCAGCCCCAGUUCCUGGGGGUCAGGGAACAGAGAGUUACUGGCAUCAUCGUCUUCAUCCUGACGGGAAUCUCUGUCUUCUUGGCUCCAGUCUUGAAGUACAUCCCUAUGCCGGUUCUGUACGGAGUCUUCCUCUACAUGGGUGUGGCCUCCCUGAAUGGCAUCCAGUUCUGGGAGCGCUGCAAGCUCUUUCUGAUGCCUGCCAAGCACCAGCCAGACCAUGCCUUCCUGCGCCAUGUGCCCCUACGCCGCAUCCACCUCUUCACCCUGGUUCAGAUCCUCUGCCUGGCUGUACUCUGGAUCCUCAAGUCCACUGUGGCUGCCAUCAUCUUCCCAGUCAUGAUCCUGGGCCUCAUCCUUGUUCGAAGGCUUCUGGACUUCAUAUUCUCCCAGCAUGAUCUGGCUUGGAUUGACAGUAUCCUCCCAGAGAAGGAGAAAAAGGAGACAGAUAAAAAGAAGAAAAGAAAAGGGGCCCAUGAGGACAGUGACGAGGAGCCCCAGUUCCCUCCUCCCUCAGUUAUAAAGAUCCCCAUGGAAAGUGUCCCAUCUGAUCCCCAAAACGGCAUCCACUGCAUUGCCAGAAAAAGAUCUUCCAGUUGGAGUGACUCACUCUGAUUCUUCCUUCACUGGCUUGGAGCUGGAUCGAAGCAUCACCUUGCACUUCAAAAUCUCCUGUCCAGCUUCACCUGCUUUCAACUACUCUUGGAACCCUGUCUUCAUGGUGCCACAGGUGAAGAUAGAGAUGGAGUCUGACUAUGACUUCACAGAUGUGGAAGAGUUUGCAAGAGAGGCUGACCGUGAGACCACUCUCUAGGUGAUGCAGCUGCUCCCAGCCUUCGUACAGGGGGCAGGCUUGGUAUAGUCUCAGUUGUGAGAGUCUGGGUCUCUCUGUGUCUGUGCCUUUUUGCCAAAUGAAGUCCUUCUGGUGAAUAGAGAAGUAGAAAUCUUUCAGUGAUGCAAAGCUUUCCCCUUUCCUUCAUAGUUAUUAAAAUACUAGAAGGUAAACAUCAUACCUUAUUUUUCAAAUGCAGCCCAAUGCAAGAAACUACAUUUCUUUUGAAAUGAAAAAAAUGCAUAUUUGCCAAAAUCUUAACUAACAUAAAUGGGCACUAGUUAAUUUAUAUUUAAAACAAUAUCAAAUACAUUUUAAAAUUUUAAAUCUAGAUAAUUUGAUAGAACUCAAAACACUCCUACAGCCACCUGUAAUCCCAACUUGGGAUGUUGAGGCAGGAGGACCCUUUAAUGGAUACUAGAUUUCACACCUGGAAUCAAUUUCUUCCUGCUAUUGGGUAGGUCCUUCCUGCAAGUUUUCAGUGUUUGAUACCCAAAGGCAAACCUCCAUUCAUACAAACACUGUGUUAGGCAGCUAACAUUUUAGAAGACUGUAACUUUGCAAUGUUAAUCAAACUAGUACUUUAGAGCAAUGAUUGGAAGCAAUUUGAGUAGAUUAAAACCAGCUAUUAAUGAAACAAAGCCUUUCCCCAUGAAAUUGAAGAUUGGACAUUUUUAUUUUCAAUUCACAUUUAGUAGCCCCUAUUUAUGUAGCACUUAUUACUGCCCAAUAGCUGCAAAACAUCUAACAUUUUCUUUCUCUAUAAAACAACUAUGAAUUUGAAUCUUGAGUAAAUCACAUUAUUUAGUUUCUACAUUUACUCAAGAUGACAAAUACAGAUUUUUUUUUUUUUUAAGACAAAUGUACCUUUUUAAGUCAUUAGUACCUUGAUACAAGGACAGGCAGCUGCCUCUGUAAUCUUCAGUCUAGCGGAGUGCCUGGUCCAUAAAACGUUCUCAGUUAAGUGUUCACAAAAUUCAGUCUCAGAGCUCUAUUCCAUGGGGUACUGCCAAGAAGCAAAGCUCUCUAAGCCUCUAUCACUCCUAACAGCAGAACCUUCUCAAAUUGAAGUAUAACUUCUUUAUUGUCCUAUGCACCAAUACAGGGAAAGCUAACAAUCCCACCUGAACAUUUCAGAUUUAAAGCCUAGCUGAUUUGGAAUAGGACUUUAUGUCCAGAUUGUAGAAAUGUUAUGUAGAUUUGGGAGUAAAUGUGGUUGGAUUAAUCAAAAAAACUGGAAAACUACAAUGUUGUUUUUUCUGUUGUAAAUUGAUUUGUGUAAUUUUUACCUUAUGUAUCAUUUAUAUUUUGUAUAUAUAAGAGCAGUUUAAUUUCAAGGGUCUUUAAUAGGGUGACAUACUG